CAAACCUUCACUCAUGGAAACGCAUGUGCAGUUUCAGGUUUUUAUUUGAUCAAAAAUAGGAAACAUAUUGCUUAGCUACUUAUGUUGACUGCAACUAUUCGUGCUUUAAGUUUUCGUGUCGCCGGUUUGAAUUAACUUUGUUAAGCUAACCUUGUUCAUUCCCAGACUUUUAGAAAUGAAAGGUGGGAAAAUGAAACAGAACAGCAAGAAGAAGAAGAAGGGAAAUGCGGUCUUACAGAAGUACAUGUGUGCGGUGGACGAGUUUGUUAAAAAUAUUAGUGAUCAUGAAGACGCAGACAGGGACCAGAGGCUGCGAUCCGUGAAAACCAAAAGCAGAAAGGAGUUACGAAAAGAAAAGAGAAGACUGAAAAAAGCCAAAAUGAAAAGUCACUAUGAAGGGAAAAAGAGCGUCAGUUUUGCCUCAGAUGUUGGGGAAAAGUUGGAAGUCAGAUCAGAAAUUAAGCACCAGACUCAGAAGAAGAAAACUGAUCAAAUAAAAAGGGAAGUGACAAAAACUCUUUCAAAUAAGCACGCUGAGGGUCCUAAAGAGAAAACGGAGUCAUCUGGAUCUAAAUCCUCCUCCAAGAAAGGCAAGAAAAUUAACAAGCUUCAAGAAUCCAGAAAAAUGGCUCUGCUGGAGGCAAAUGAACAAGAGGACAGAGAGAUAAAAAAGCUGGAGCGAUGUCUUGGAUUAAACAAAAGGAAAAACAAGAAAAGUCUCCCUCAGUCCUUUGUGACCGAUGGACUGGACUACAUACUUGGAGUCCUUGACCCCGGCUCAUCUGGAGCAGGAAUAUACGACGAUGAGUUUGAUGAAGAUGAGAAUAUGGACACUGCUAGAGAGAACUUUGAAAAGCUGGAUCAGGAUGACUCUCCUCUGUCAGAUGAAGAUGAGGAAGCUGAGGAUGACAUGGCGAGUGAGGAAAGUGAUGAUGCUGAAGAGGAAGAGAUGGGUAGUGAGGAGGAUGAAGAGGAGGAGAUGGGUGACGAGAAUGAUAUGAAUGAAAGUGAUGCUGCUUCAGGAGCUGAAAGUGAGGAAGAAGCUUCCCAUCCUGACCAAAGAUCAGAAAUUGGCACCUCAAUGACUGGCAAGUAUGUCCCACCUCAGCUGCGAAAUAUCGCAGAUGACAAACGCAAAGCUGAGCUUGAAAAGCUGAAAAGGAAAGUGAAAGGCCUACUGAACAGGCUGAGCGAGGCCAACAUGGCCUCUAUCUGUGGUCAGCUGGAGGAGCUGUACAUGAGCUGCAGCAGGAAGGACAUGAACGACACGCUGACAGACGUUCUGCUGGCAGCCUGCGUCACUCCCACCCUGAUGCCCGAUAGACUGCUGAUGGAGCAUGUGCUGCUUGUCAGCAUCCUUCAUUAUGCUGUGGGGCUGGAGGUCGGAGCCCAUUUUCUCGAGACAGUCGUGCGGCAGUUUGACGAGGUCUACAAGAACUCCAGUGAGGACAAAGAGUGUGACAACCUCAUCGCCAUCAUCGCUCAUCUCUACAAUUUUCAGUUGGUGCAUUCUGUCCUCAUUUUUGACAUCCUGAAGCUACUGGUGGGAACUUUCUCAGAGAAGGACAUCGAGUUAGUUCUGUUUGUGCUGAGGAAUGUCGGCUUUGCCCUGAGGAAGGACGACGCGCUCGCUCUCAAGGAGCUCAUCUCUGAUGCUCAGCGCAAGGCCAGUGACAUUGGAACACGGUUCAAAGAUCAAACCAGGGUGCGAUUCAUGCUGGAAACCAUGCUGGCUUUAAAGAACAACGACAUGAGGAAGAUCCCAGGGUACGAUCCGGAGCCUGUGGAGAGACUGAGGAAGCUGCAGAGGACUCUGAUCCGCAGCAGUGCUGGAGGCAGUGACCUGAAACUGAGAGUGUCUCUGGAGAACAUCCUGAAAGCAGAGCAGGUGGGCCGCUGGUGGAUCGUUGGCUCGUCGUGGAGCGGAGCGCCCAUGAUCAACAAGCACGAUGACACAACCUCAAAGCAGAGUGCUGCUGAGGGACAGUUCAGCCAGAAAGUGUUGGAGCUGGCAAGGAAGCAGAGGAUGAACACUGAGGUCAGGAGAAACAUCUUCUGUGUCCUUAUGACCAGCGAGGACUAUCUGGAUGCUUUCGAGAAGUUGUUGAGAAUGGGUCUGAAGGACAAGCAGGAGAGAGAGAUCGUCCAUGUUCUGAUGGACUGCUGCCUGCAGGAGAAAACCUUUAACGCAUUUUACGCCGUCCUCGGAGAGAAAUUCUGCUCCCAAGAUCGACGCUUCCAGAUGACGUUCCAGUUCUGCUUGUGGGACAAGUUCAAAGAGUUGUCCAACCUUCCCAGCUGUGCAUUUACCAAUCUAGUCCAGCUGGUGACUCACUUUCUUCGGAAGAAAUGCCUCUCACUCUCCAUCCUCAAAGUGAUAGAGUUUGGGGAGUUGGAUAAGUCCAAGGUGCGUUUCUUACGUCAGGUCCUGACGAAGCUACUGAAAGAAACUGAGCCAGAGGAGAUAGCCUGCAUAUUUGGGAGGAUUUCAGGAAUCGUUAAGCUGGGAUUGCUGCGAGAGGGCUUGAAGCUGUUCAUCAGUCAUUUCCUCCUGAAGAACUCCCAGUCUCAGGGACCAGCUGAGCAUGCCGCGUUCCUGCGGGAGCGUGCUCAGGUCGCCACCAAGGCUAUGGAAACUAAAGACACCAAGCUCAAACUGUAAAACAGACCCAAAGUUCAUGGCAUUAAAAGCUUGUUGGCCUCACAUAAAUCCACAAAGAAAGACCUAAAAACACUCAAUGUUGAAAUGUAGGGCUGAGAUCCACCUUUCGUGAUCUACGACCACCAACUGAAACAUUUUGCAUUCUCUGAUUUGUGUGUGUAAGAACGAAAAUGUUUUGUUUCCAUCUGCAACAUACACAAUCAGAGUUUAUCUUUGUAAAUUUGUUUAGCCCUCCCGCAAACUUAGCGAGACACCCUGGAGGAGCGCGGGAGAUGUCACUGUCGGUCAGUCUCCAUCUCCAAUUAGCUUUUAGUGGAAAUCAUAUUUUAGCAUGGCUGCCCUCUUGGAGGUACUGUAUGAUCAGAGUUUGACUUUAUUGUGUGUAUUAUUUUUAUUCCUAGCAAAAUAUUUGUUUUUACAUGUAAAACUCAACUGAACUUUAACUGUCUGCAUUGUAGACUUUUUCCGCUUUCCCGUGUGUUUUGACCUGAACACUAAGAGGUUGUGGCAUUGCUCUUCAGUGUUUACAUGCCCUGAUAAAUUGACUUGGGGACGCUGAAUAUGGCCUGUCCUGUUCGCCUGCUGACACCAGUAUAUUUCCCACAUGGUUUGCAUAGCAGAGUCAUUCUGUUACAUUUGAUACUUGCUCCUAUAAAUUAGCUCUGUCGAUGCCUGUAUUAUUCUAAAGGCGUAGAGCGGGCAGCCCUUGGGGUCAGGAACAGGCCGGGUCAACCAGAUCAAGUGUUUGUCAGUACAUGAAGUAGGCUGCUGCUGAUGGAAGGUCAAACUUUUUCCAUUUAAAGCCAAACAUUCAGUGAUGUGCACAAUGUUAAAAGAAAAAUAUUAGAAGGUAAAGUGUUUACACCUUUUCAAUUUUUUUAUUGUGAUGUGGUUAAAGGACAUGAAAACAAUUAUUUUGAAAGUUCUUCACAAAUAAAGAAGAAUUGAUAGUU